UCCAACCGUGACUCCUCCCGUGGUUCCAAGUCAACGUCGAACCGUGGAUCUACCUCCAACUCCAACUCCAACUCCGCCUCGAACCGUGGCGCCAACUCCAAGUCAUCCUCCAACAGGGGCUCCAGCACGGGAUCAAGAGCCGGUUAUGGAUCUUCAGCAAGAGACUCCAGAGGCACCGCCACUGGCAGCUCGCGUGGUUCAGCUGAGCCUAGAAACGGCUCUCCAUAUAGUGGAUUUAACUCUCGCUCCUCUCGUGGCGCUAAUAACGAUUUCAAUAAGAGGGACAGCGGUUACCAUGCUGACAACAGUGAUGACAAUGAGCAGGUCUCUCCUGCUGAAUAUAACCGCCUAUGGGACCUGUUGGGCCUCUUUGCUGGCGGCACAUCUGUCCAACGCGAGCGUACACCUUCAGUGAGUACUUUGACCACGGUCCACAUCCUGGAUAACGCUGUCACCUUUGAGGUAUCUGAGACCACAGCCGCCCUAGUCGAUGCCGCUGACUCUACCGCUGGUGAUGUUAUCCAUGUUGUUGAAGCGUCUUACACUGCUGGAGCGUCCAGAGCUGGACUCAACAUUGGACUGUACCUGGCAGUCCUGGUCGUCGUUUCCAUGACUGUCUUCUGA